AUUAAUUUAAGAAAUCUAGAGAGAGAGAGAGAUGGCCUUUGCAAGCAGUUGCUGCCUCAAUAUCUCCGGUCCAACGCCUCCUUCAAACCCUUCUCUUCCUCCAAAAACACCUCAGAUUGCAUGGAAGAAGGAUGAAGGAUCAUGGAGAAGGGGAUGUGUUUUAGGCAUGGCUUGCAUGUUUGUUGGAUCAGAAAUGAGCAACUUUGUGAUUGACGAAACCCAUAUUGCCAUUGCCCAAGAAAACAUGUCAUUUGUGGUUGAAUCAAAUACCAAAUGGAGUAACAAGAGAACGUGCCCGGCUUGGCGUCUGAAUUCGCUUGAGACCAUCGUGCCGGAGAACCUUCCGAGACCAUCGGCUCGCCGGAGAUGGGAGUCGGUUGGCUAUUCUAAGAAUGCCCCGGCAGUACUUGAAGUGGCAUUCAGAACUAGCACCAAUGCCACCAGCUGCUUUUCUUUGUAAACAAUUUUACACCAAUAUAUAUUGCACAUAUAAUUGCAAAAUUAACCAAUAGCAUCAUUGUCUGCUUCAUCAA